AUGGCUCUUGAAACUUCUAAUAUUGAUGUUGAUAUAGAUACUAGUGAUCAAGAGGUCGAAGAGGAAGUUUUAAAAUAUGUCGAUAAAGCAUACUAUAGGUACAUUACUAAUAUCCUCAUAUAUAUAAUUCCGAGUCUUGUAGACCAAAGCAUUUUUAAUACAAAUAACUCUGUCAUUAAUAUUCGAAUUUUGGGUGAUGGGUAUAUUGGAAAUAAGGACAAAACAUAUAAAAUUGAGAAAACUAUGGAUUUAUUAAAAUCGGAUUCACCAUCGCCAGGUCACCUCAAAACUCCUCUCCUUCCCAUGAUCCGUUUGGACUGGUAUAUGCCCGAUGAGUUGCAUAUUAUAUUGAGAAUAUGGAAUCGUCUCUGGGAGUUGGUAAUUCAAGAAAUCAAGUCAGAAAAUAGAUAUGAUGACCACAUAAGAAUGAUAAUUAGUUUAGAAAUGAAAAGGAUUUCUGUCACAUUUCGAUAUUGGCAAAACCAUAAUACACAAAAUUGGUCACAUACGCCUAUAAUAGGAGGCAACAAAGAAAAGAUAUUGCAUGAUUUCAAUUUUGAAGUCAUUUUCGAUAAAGAACAGGCGACAUUGAUAAACUGUUUAUGGAGAGAUUUUUAUUCACUUUAUAGACUUAUGAAAGAGCCGAAUGCAGUCCCCAUUCUUUUCAUAGUUAAA